UGUGUGCGUGCAUGUGUGUGUAUGUGUGCGUGUGUAAGUGUAUGAGUGUGUGUGUGUGUUCCUGGAAAGUGUGUGUAUCUGUAUUUAAUUCGGGGGUCUUUCUCCCACUCUCAACACUUUUCUCGGGCUCCCCCGGAGCAGAGCCGCCGCGGAUGGAGAUGUCCGGAGGGACGGAUUCCUAAAGGCCGGCUCGUCCUCGCUCUCUGUCCGGCUGUUAUGGAGCAGCCACCCGGGAGCUUCGAUGACCUGCAGCCUCAAGACCUCUCGACCUCCGGCCUCUCCACUGUGAUCGACCUGACCAGGAAAAGGGGGGAGGAACGCGUCCUCAACCCCGCGUCCCUCGACGCCCUGCGGAUGGUCGGCAGCUCCGGCUGGUACCCGGUCCCCGAAGCCGCCGACCCCGGAUUACCGUACCCGGAGAGCGCCUCCUCGGACGCUGCGCUCCAAGCAGGGGAUCAGAUUCAACCAGACAAUGCCUUCUCGCACACUACAGUCACUCUCUCCUACGUGAGCAGGUCUCACGUCUUCACUGCUCACGACUCCCUAUCUCACUCGGCCCUGUACAGCGUGCCGCCUAUCAGUAAAUUCUCCCUCCACCCUCCCUGUGAUGCAGAUAAAGGGCUCGGGGAGAGUGGCUAUGCACUUAACCAGCAUUACUUGGUGGAGGAGGAAGGACCCGUGGACCUCGCCACCCAGACUGAACUUUUUCAACCGCCGUCUCGGACUCAGACGGGAGAACUUCUGGUCCAAGAGCCUCACGAGUGGAACGGCGGGGUAGUUCCCAGUGAUGGGGAUGUGGAAAUGUCUGUACACGGUGAUGAUGAAGACAGAACUUCUCUCGAAAACAACGAGAGCUUGGAGAACGGCCAGGGUGAUAGGUGGUCGAGUUCAGGUGUGUGUGCCGAUUCUUCGCCGGAGACUCCGGCUCCACUCAAAGAGGAAGAGGAGGUACUCUUCCUCUUGUCGAAGAAAAGGCACCCCGGGGCCGAUUCAGAGGGCGUGGACACUAGAAACCUUUGUUCGUUGCGCAGGGAGUACAUCAGUCCUCUGGAGGACCCGGUCUCCCCUUCAGCUACCUCACUGGACGAUGUGGAGGACGUGUUUGUUCUGCCUCAGGCCUCCUGCUCGCCCAGCGGUGACGCCCCUUAUCUGGAGGACGCCGCCUGCGAUGGCUCCAGUACAGAAGGGGGCAUUCAGGCGAGCUCUGGCAUCAACGACGGUGCAGUGAGAAUGGAUUCUUCCGAGGAAAACAAACAGCUCACCAGAAAACGGAAGACCUUGUUGGCGCCUUUGAUUGACCUGACGGAUGAUGCCUGCCUGGCUGACCUUUCAGAAAACAAAGCAAACACAUCUAAUGAUGUACCUCACGUUAACGGCAACGUGAAGGUGCUGGAGAGGACUUUGACGGAGAGAAAGCUGCCGAUGCGUAUUGGAAGAGGGACGAGAUUAGAGGCCAUAGUCAUGAACAUAAACUCCAGCCGCUAUAGAGUGUCUGGGUGUGUACGUUCCAGUAAGAAAACCAAUGCUUCCCAGUCGGCGCGUAGUGAUUCGUCUCUCGUCAGUCCUAAAAAGAAGGAUUCUCCGUCAGUAGUUAAACAGAAAGGCAAAGUUAAAGCUUCACCUUCGGUAAAGGCGAGACAGCGGAAAACGUCAAGAACACGGCGAUCUAAUCACAUAAACAGUGACUGUUGCAAAACUUCUACCUCUGAUUCUGAAACCAUCAACAAUGCUAAGAAGUCGCAGAGCAGCCCGCCUCCAAAAAGUCCUCAGUUUACAGUGCAUACGAGGUCCAAGAGAGUCCCCGAGAGCGUUCCUCCGCCUGCGACCCCACCGCGGACCAGCCCCCCGAGGCCCAAGAGGAUCGUCUCAUCGCAGCCAAGUCCUGCUUCAACCAGUAAGAAAUCAAACAAGGAGCCGGAGCCACGCGCUCGGCCCGAGCCCUCGGCGGCAACACACGAGGCGAAAGUUUCCCCACUGCCACAAACCUCUCCAAAGAAAAGCUCGGUCAAGGCCAAAAGCCAAUCUCCCAGUAGCAAAUCGCCUCCGCCCGCCAAGGCGAAGGCGUCUCGCACUCCCAAGCGACGGCGGAAGAAGCAGAAAGCGAGCCGCUCCUCCUCCUCCAUGUUCUCCCCCAAGGAGCCCGAGAUCAAGCUGAGGUACGUCAGCUACAAGGAGGAGAGGCGGGACUCCCGGCUGGAUGGGUUUUCUCCGUUCGUCCGUGUGGAGCGGAAGCAGCUGUCCCCCUCGCUCUGCACCGUCGUCAACUACCCCGACGAGGCGCAGCUGCAGCACAAGAAGGGGCAGCAGCAGGCGGCCGGCGGCAGCUUCGUCUCCGCCGCCGUGCCCAGCACGUCCUGCCUGCGGCUGGGCCGGGUGUCCGUGCACAGCCAGCACCGGCGCUCUCUCGUCUGCUGCAUCUGCGGCCAGGCGGCCAACGCCAUGGACCUGGGGGACCUCCACGGCCCCUACUACCCCGAAGGGUACCGGCCCAACGCCAAAACGCCGGCGAGCGCCUCGGGCCUCAAAGAAGAAGAAGAAGACGACAGCGACUCGGACUCUUCGUCCUACAGCAUGAAGGGCCGGGGCAGGAAGCGCGCCGCUCCGCCGGCGCCGUGGGCCGUCCGGUCGGGCGCCCAGCGGAAGCAGAAGGGCGCCUUGCCAGACAGCCACAGGUGGACCGGCGACGACGGGGCCGACAGCCCGGCGGCAAAGCGGGCCCGGUCCGAUCCCGGCUCCGCCGACGCGGAGGACUGGUACAGCCCCCCCGUGCUGCCCCUGGAGCCCUGCGAGCGCUGGCUCCACGAGGACUGCGGCAUCUGGUCUGCGGGAGUGUUCCUGGUGAAGGGCAAAGUGUACGGGCUGGAGGAGGCCGUCAAGGCGGCGCAGGAGACGGUGUGUUCGGCGUGUCACGGUCCGGGCGCCACUCUGGGCUGCCUUUUCAAAGGCUGCCCCAACAAGUACCACUACAGGUGUGCUCUGGAGUCAGACUGCGUCCUCACCGAGGAGAACUUCUCCAUGAAGUGUAAGAAGCACAAGAACAAGACAUUCAAAGGUCCUCCAGGGAGCCGGUGGAACGACAGGUGACAAUGAGAGGAAAGCUCCUGAGAUUCUGCCCUCACCUGCUCCUUCCUCCUCUUCCUCUUCCCUGCCGGUAGCCAUGGCGACAGCGGACCAGGGUUAUUCUGACUGACAGCUAGCACCCGCCAACCUUAACUUCACCCUCUGCUCUUCAGCUGCACUGUUAAAAGCCCGGCGGCGCUGCGAGCCGGAGGGGCCGAAUCCCUCCUCCGGUCCAGUCUCUGACGGUACUCAUCAGCCAACAUCCAGCCGCGGCCUGAGGAGCUCUUCAAGUGCUCAACUAGUCCUUUCUAGGUUUAUUUAUAUGGGAUUUUUUUUCCUCUUUUUUUCUUUUUUUGGAAAAAAAAAAAAAUGAGUAACAAUCAAAGAUAUUUAAUUUUUUAAAGAUUUUUUAAGUAUUUGAUUAUAUUUGGUCUAUUUAUUCCUGAACUUUUUUCCGUAUUGGCGCCUUUAGAUGGUUUGUGUGUCAUCGUGGGUUUUUUUUUUUUUUUUUUAAG